AACAGGAAGUUGACAAAAUGCUGAGACCGGAAGUAUACGGGGGACUCAGACUCACGGCACAAGCGGUUGAAGAAACGUGUUGGUUUUAAAUGACAACGUUUUUUCCGUGUUUGUCCAUUCUGUGUAUUGCUUCACGAAGAGCCUUUAAAUUACCGUGCUGGAAAGCGACCUACGGUCAGCUAGUUUACUUUUAGAACGCGGAUUUUGGUAAAGAAGGACUUUUGUUUUGGACGGAACACCUCCUCGGUGGCCAUCUCGGAAAUCUCGGCGAUUUGUGUUGAUGUGGCUGAAGACUGCUGAUUCCUGAACCAACGUUACCUGUUCACCGGAAUUAUGGAUAAUUCAGGCAAAGAAAAAGAGGCUAUGGCUCUAAUGGCAGAAGCUGAAAAGAAAGUCAAGUCCUCGCAGUCUUUCUUCGGCUCGCUGUUCGGGGGUUCUUCAAAAAUGGAGGAAGCAUGUGAUAUGUAUGGGAGAGCGGCCAACAUGUUCAAGAUGGCAAAGAACUGGAGUGCUGCAGGAAAUGCCUUCUGUCAAGCGGCUCUUCUACACCUGCAGUUGCAAAGCAAACACGAUGCGGCAACUAACUUCAUCGAUGCGGGCAAUGCCUUUAAAAAAGCUGACCCUCAAGAGGCCAUAAACUGCCUGAAUAGGGCAAUCGAGAUUUACACAGAUAUGGGCCGUUUCACAAUUGCAGCAAAGCAUCAUGUCACAAUUGCAGAGAUCUACGAAACAGAACUAGUCGACAUUGAUAAGGCUAUUGCUCACUAUGAACAAGCAGCAGAUUACUACAAAGGAGAGGAAUCCACAAGCUCAGCUAACAAGUGCCUGCUUAAAGUUGCUGCCUAUGCAGCUCAGCUGGAGCAGUAUCCUAAAGCCAUUGAGAUAUAUGAGCAGGUUGGAACACAAGCAAUAGACAGCACGCUAUUGAAAUACAGUGCAAAGGAUUAUUUCUUUAAGGCAGCUCUCUGCCACUUCUGCGUCGAUAUGCUUAAUGCCAAGCUGGCUUUGCAGAAGUAUGAGGAAAUGUUUCCUGCCUUCUCAGACUCACGUGAAUGCAAACUGGUCAAGAAACUUUUAGAUGCAUACGAGGAACAGAACAUUGAUGCAUAUACUGACUCGGUGAAGGAAUAUGAUGUAAUCUCGCGACUAGAUCAGUGGCUUACCACUAUCUUGCUGCGCAUAAAGAAAACCAUUCAAGAGGAUGAGAGUGACCUUCGUUAAGAAUCCUAUUCCUUGCCCUUAACUCUCCUGAUUUUCUUAGACCUUCACCUCAUUUUUCUUUUUAUCCCAAUAAACUUCUAAAGUGCUUUUUUUUCUCUUCUAAAUUGCCUUCAUCUUUGCAGCUCAGACAUGGACAUUAAACUACAUUCAGACACAGGAGAACACUAAAAAAAUCGCUUGUUGUUUACACAAGCAGAGGAUUGGAAAGUGCCUUAGACAUGAAACCAAGUGCAGUACAAUGGGGGUGCUCCUUGCCUGAGGACGAUCCCCUUACGAUACCCCGUGUGCCUACUUAUUACUAUGCACAAUAAUGCCUUUUCCACCUGUUCUGGCUUUCCUAUUAUGUCUUAUUCACUAGUGUUACUUGCAUCAAUGAUGCCUCUAUGAAUCCACUGCAAUAACUUUUUACUGCAUAGUUCUUCCUGGUGUUCACUGUGUAUCCUAUAGAUCAUCCAGUCAUUUUUCCCCUUUUGUUUGUUUUAUAUUUUAAACAUUGAUGAAUAUUUGAACAUGAUCAUGUUUCAAUGAUUCUUUGUUAAUACGCCUCUAAAUUGGUAUGAGUAAAUAUAUUAUUGAA